AUGGCUCAGCAGCAGCCCUUGUCGUCGGCGGCCCAGCCGACCGAUAUCUACGGCGGAGAUGAGGUGUCGGCUCUUGUUCUCGACCCAGGAUACUGCAGCACGCGCGUGGGCUGGGCAGGCGAAGACACGCCCAAGUUCGUCCUCCCCUCCUUUUACGGCCACGUCGGCGGGGAGUCCCCGCGCGACCUCUUCGGAGACGAGUACCUGAUCCCGCGCGAGAACCUCGAGGUGCGCAACUACAUGAACCGCGACAGCGUGGUGGAGGACUGGGACGUGGCGCCCAAGGUGUGGGAGAACAUGUUGGUGAAGCGUCUGCAGCCGCAGCGCUCGACGGCGCCGUCCAAGAACGGGCUCAACGACGACCCCAAGGAGCAGCUGGCCGAGGGCGAGGGCAGCGGCGACGUCGCCAUGACGGACGCGGAGCACACGGAGGAGCAGGAGAAGGCGCUGCAGGAGAACCCGCUCCUGGUGACGGAGGCGGCCUGGAACUCGGCCAAGGCGCGUGAGAAGACGACCGAGGUCAUCAUGGAGUCGUGGGGCUGCCCGGCCUUCUGGCUGGGGCGCACGCCCGUGCUGUCGGCCUUUGCGGCCGGCAAGGCCACGGCCCUAGUCAUCGACGUGGGCGGGUCCAACACGUCGGUCACGGCGGUCCACGACGGCAUGGUCCUCAAGCGGUCGAUCCAAAAGUCGCAUGUGGGCGGCCUGUGGCUGUCGUCGCAGCUGCGCAGCAUGUUUGACAGCUCGGAACCCAGGGUGCCCCUGACGCCGACCUACAUGGUGGAGAACAAGACGGCCGUCGACGCCCUGACGCCGGCCAACGCGCGUCUCCGCCACUUCCCCUUCCAGGUGUCAGACUCGUUCCGCGCGUACGAGGAGGAGCGCACCCUGACCGAGUUCAAGGAGUCGGUCGUCGAGGUCUGGCGCGGCCCAGGCCGGCUCAGCGCCCCCGGCAACGAGGACUACGUGCGCACCCAGCCCGGCCGCGUCUUCGAGAUGCCCGACGGCUACAACCAGAUGUGGCGCGAGCAGCGCUUCCGCGCCUCCGAGGGCAUGUUCGACGAGGACGCCGGCUACCCGCUGCCCGAGGCCGAGCGCCUCAACAAGGACCAGACCAUCCCCCAGCUCAUCCGCGCCGCCCUCGAGGCCGUCGACGUCGACCUUCGCCCUAACCUGCUCGGCAACGUCGUCGUCACCGGCGCCACCAGCCUCCUCAACGGCUUCAACGACCGCCUCAACAACGAGCUGACAAACAUGUACCCGGGCGUCAAGAUCAAGAUCCACUCCGCCGGCCUCAGCAGCGAGAGGCGCUUCGGCGCCUGGAUCGGCGGCAGUAUCCUAUCCAGCCUGGGCACCUUCCACCAGAUGUGGAUCUCCAGGAAGGACAUCUAG